AUGGACAGGGCGGACAUCAACAGGUUCCAGGGGGCCAACUUCGAUGCGCACGACUACGUGGACAUUGUGAGCAGAAAGCUGGUGUAUCAGCUCACCCGACAGCAGCAGAAACAGAACGAAUCCGAUGAGUCCCAGCACAAAAGCAGCAGAUCGCCCACUACUGGCGAUGGCCGCAAGACCCAACGACCUGAGUUCUUUGCCACGGAGCCCUUCUUGGACCUGUUCGACAACACCAUCGCCGAUCUGAAGUACCUGCGCGAACAGGUGGAGACCAAGAUCUCCAAGUCGAUGGAAGACUGCGCCAAGGAGGAGGAGGUCUACAAGUCCAAGAUAUGGGAGCAGAACAGGACCUUCCAGGGAAACCUGAAUUCGUUCAAAGAACUCGAUGCGCGUAUCAGCGGCGUGGGAAACAUUGCCGUGCGUAUUGGUGAUCGGUUGGAGGCCGUCGAAAAGCAACGCACUGCCGCGUCUGAAGCAAAGGAGCUGAUCAACUACUUCAUCGAGCUCUGCUCGGGCGAGAUCAAGUCGUCGAUCUUCCUGGACAAGAAGCAACUGCGCGAACGUGCCAAGCUGCUCAAGAAACUAAGCGUCUUCACCAAGGAGCUCGAGCGAGCUGAGGAAGAGAUGUCGCACAUGAAGGCCGAGCGCGACCGAACACGCACGAGAUCGGUGGUGGAUGUGCCACUGCCUCAGGAGUCCGUACUGAAGGAUCCGGUUGUGGUGGUUGAAGGCCUUGUGCGGCGCACCAAGCAGGAGUGUGCGGACAUCCUGUACCAGUUCAAUGGCGGGAGUUCGUGCGUGAAGCGGUACAUCUCGCUGCUCAAGAUGUUCUUCGACACGGAGAGCCUGGAGAUGGACGAGGCCCUGGCCGACCAGGGCACCUACACCGCCCGCGUGCAGGACCUCGACAACGUGGAGCUCGCAUCGGCGCGUAUCAACGAGUUCUACGACGACAUCAUCACGUCGUGUCAGAAGGAGUACAAGGUGAUCACGCGAGUCUUUCCUAACCCGCCGGCGGUGAUGCGAGAGCUGGCGCAGCGGAUCUUCGAACAGCGAAUCAGCAUGUUCCUCGAGCGCAUGCUGCAGCACACCGGUGCAGCGGAUUCGGUGUUGACCUAUCUCAGGCUGAUGGCCACCGCCUACGGCAAGACGAUUCAACUUGUGAACGUGCUGCAAGAGUACAAGACCGACCUCGACUUUGCGGCCAUGGUGGACUCGCUCCUGCUCAACUACACCGACAAUUACAUCGACAACGAGCUUCAAUGCCUGGUGAUGCUGUACACCAAGGAGCUGGAGAACCUGCGUCGGGAGGCCGAAACCACCUCCGCCUCUGCCAAGCAGGGUUUCACCUUCGACAAAAUGUUCGAGGCCUCCAAGGACUUUGCGUCCGCAUGGAGUGUGCAGGGCAAGAAGAAUGCCAACCUGAUGUAUCGCGUGCCCGAAUUGACCACGCUGGAGCCGAUUCUCCACUUCAUCCACCUCAACGAGGAGUCCGUGCGGCGCUGCAUCAAACUCUCCAAACCCGGCGCCCUACCGCCCAACCUGUUCCGAGUAUUCGGCGCGCUGGUGGACUACCUGGGCCACCAAUACCUCAACCCGGCCCUCGAGGCUGCGUUAAAACCGCUGCGGGGAGGACGGUCCGGGCGUGUUCACUUCUUGGAGGUGGCCCAGCAGGUCAACCAAAUCGUGAUCCUUCUCCAGCGACACUUUCACGUCGAGAUCGCGCCGCACGUUUCCCAGUCCAACACGGUGUACAGCGAGUGCAUCGAUAAGAAGGACCACCUGCUGGCCAUGCUUGAGGACAAGAUCAGCGAGGGCCUGGAGCUCACGCUCAACCUGGUCGUCGCCACCCUUGAGCGCCAGCUGGGCUACGAGCAAGGCAGAAACGAUUUCCGGCUGAGCGACGACGAUAUCAUUUCCAUCAACCGGCCCACCACGGCGUGCGCCAAUGCGGUCAACUACAUCGUGGCCCAGACCAAGGUCAUCCAGGCCAACCUCGAUGGCAAGAACGCCGAGAGCUUCCUAGAGGAGCUGGGCCUGCGACUACAGAAGUUGCUGCUGGAGCACUUCAGGAAGUUCACCGUCAGCCAGGGCAUGGGCGGCAUGAAACUCAAACGGGACAUGCAAGAGUACCAGCAGGCCGCGCUGAGCUCGUUCCCGUUUCCGGCGGUGACGGAGGCCUUCGAGGUGCUCAGCGAUCUGGCCUCGAUCCACCUCAUCGAGGCCGGGCAGCUGCGCCACCUGCUCGACGAGUCGGCCCUCGCCAGCCUCAAGCGGGUCCAGGUCGUCGAGUACGUCAAGCUCCGCUCCGACUUCAAGCCCUCCUGGAUCCAGCAGUACCGCCUCCUCGACGAGAAGAAGACCUCCUCCGCCUCUGCCUCUUCUUCGCUAUAA